CUUGAGUACUCCUUUGAGUUCCAUGCUGCUGCGACGAGCCAUCUCCGCGGCUAGAAGGACGCACGGCGCCGUACUUCGCGCUUCGAAUCGAUGUAUGUCCAUGGCUGGAAGCGUACAGUACUACCGGCGACAAAUGUUCGUGGUGGAUAACAAUCGCAAUGCCGAGGCAUGGCCCAAGAAACUCGAAGACUCAUCGAGUCAUGUCAUAUCAAAGUACCACCACGUUGUGGAGCCGCUCAACCACGCAAAAAAUCCAAAGCAAUUGAUCAUGGCGGCCGCGUAUCCAGUUGAACAAGCCGCAGACACCAUCGACGACGCAUCCUACACAUCCAUCGACGUGCAUGACGUGCUCGUGUUCCCAGACAACAUUCGCAUCGCUGGCGUGCGCGACUCUGAUGUGUCCUUCGUAGCCACUCAUCUCCUCGACGAAGUCGUGGACCUGGCCUCGUUACGUUCUCGAUUGGUCGUGUCAGAGCUCCAGGGGCAUCAUGUGUUUGUGUGUGCUCACACCCAACGUGAUUUCCGGUGUGCAUGUGCCGGUCCCAAGCUCAUCGAGUGGUUUCAAGCCAAACGACCUCAAGACUGGACAGUCUUUGCCAGUAGCCACUACGGCGGGCAUCGCUUUGCUGGCAAUUGCAUCAUCUACCCAGGUACUGUGUAUGUUUGUAAACCCCCAACGGUCUUGCUUUGGUACUUUAAUCAACUGUGUUUGUAGAAGGACAUUGGUACGGCCUUGUCAACGAUCCUAGCGACGUGGACAGCGUCGUCCACGCCGUCACUGUCGACAAGCAGCCUGUGGUUCCGUCCUUGUGGCGGGGGUGCAUCAACGCGUCCAAAGCUACGCAGCUCGCGUUGCAUCGGGAGGUGGCUUGUGAGGAUAGUGCCGCCACGACGCUCGUCUAAGCAAUAAAACCCAAUACUGUACCAUCGAUCGUACUAGCGAAUCCACAUGCAACCAACUGCCA